AACUGGAGCCCAUGCAUGUGGAAGAAGUGGAAAGUCGCUACGUGCGCCGCCCCAGGACACCGUGAGCUGGACAGUGCGCCAGGACCGCUGCCCAGGAGGCAAGACUGCCGGGGACGUGGCCGGGAGCGGCGGAGCCCACUGGGCAAUCGCGACGUCAGGACAAGAGGGACAGGCAGCCAUCGGGCCCCUGGGAGUGACGCGAGACAGCGAGAAGGGAACACCCAGGCAUUGCACAGGGAAACCCGGCCAACGCCAGUGCACGGAAAACUCCGUCGGAUGAACGGCCGGCUUCUUGGAUGGACACACGAAGGGGUUGGGAGAGGGCAGAGGGGAGGGACCGGCCGCCGGACGGUUCUAGAGCGAAAGGGGCCACACGCUCCCGGACCCUGACUUGGACACACCAGACGUAACAAGGCCUUUUGGAUGAGAAGGGAGACCGCUGGACGCAGACCGGGCACUGUUCGAGGCCCCCGUCUGUGGGGUGUCGCUCGGCAGCGUUUGUGGGUGAACUGGGGCGCUCUGACGUGUCGCCUUGCACCCCAGGCCCUGCGAGAAAGCGUGAGCCCAGGGAAGCGAGGCGACCGGAAGGAACCGGCUCCCACCGGCGGGCGUUGAUGGAGAAGGGGGCGGAUGACAGCCGGCACGGUGGUGAUCACCGGGGGCAUCUUGGCGACUGUGAUCCUGCUCUGCAUCAUCGCGGUCCUGUGCUACUGCCGGCUGCAGUACUACUGCUGCAAGAAGGACGGGUCGGAGGAGGACGAGGAGGAGCCGGACUUCGAGGCGCACUCGCACCUGCCGCCGCUGCACUCCAACCGCAACCUGGUGCUGACCAACGGCCCCGCGCUCUACCCGGCCGCCUCCACCUCCUUCAGCCAGCGCUCCCCGCAGCCCCGCGCCCUGUGCCGCAGCUGCUCCCACCGCGAGCCGCCAGCCUUCUUCCUGCAGGAGCCGGAGGAGGACGAAGACGACCUGCUCAACGGCGGCGAGCGCGUGGUCUACAAGAGCCUCAGCCAGGAGGACGUGGGGCUGCCCGCGGCGGGCUUCGCGGGCCUGCAGGCGCUGAACCCCAACCGCCUCUCGGCCAUGCGGGAGGCCUUCUCACGGAGCCGCAGCGUCAGCACCGACGUGUGACCCGCGCCCGGGCACCCUGAGACCAUGGCGGGGUUCUGUGGGGCGCCAGCCCGGCCCCGGGCCGGGACCCGAGUCCCUGUCCUCAGGCCGGCCCAGGCCUGGGAGCCCCCGGGCUGGCUGCAGGGAUAGGGCUCACUGGGCGUGGCCUGUCCUGGAGGGGUAGGGCCGGCUCGGGCCAGGGGACACAGGGCCAGGUGACGCUGCAGAGGGAGGGGCUGGGUGUGGGCCAGGGCGCUCGGGCACCGAGGCCACCGUGCGGGUGCAGUGGGAGUGUGGCCCCAUCCCAGCCCCGGCACUCGGCCAUCGCUGGGUGGCCCUGGUGUGAUGCCCCUGCCCUGGGACUCUGCCCUCCCACUCGCCCCAGGAUGGGGAACCCUCAGUGACACUAGGCGCCCUGCAGCCUGGCCUUCCCGGGGACCCUGCACCAAGGAUUUGUCCCCCCCAGUCCCAAACGCGUGAGCCCCCGCCUCUACUUCUCUCUCCCUCUCCCCCUCCUCUUUCCCUCCCUCCCUCGACUGCCCCCAUCUCUUCCUCCCU